AUGGAUGAAUUAAUUAGCGGAACAGCAUCACGACGUCAUCGAUGCCGAGAAAUAAGUUCUAUUGAGCUUGCAAGUGAUUGUAAAACCGACAUGUCGGUAAAAGUGAGAUCACGAUUGAUGGAUGACGAGUCAAUUAACGGGAGAGCAGUGCAUUUUGCAUUCGUUGACAAUUUUGGUUCAUCGAGCUACCGCAUUAGUGGGUACUGGGUACUGGCCCCGGAAGUACCCGGCAAUAGGUCCUGUAACGAUUACUUUCCUUUAGUACCAAUGAUACUUUUUGUAUUGCUGCUUAUUACUAUUUGGUGA